AUGACCAAGGGUACAACGUCGAUGGGUCAGCGCCACGGGCGCACGCACAUCCUGUGCCGCCGUUGUGGCCGCAACUCCUACCACGUCCAGUGGGAGCGCUGCGCCGCCUGCGCUUACCCGCGCGCUAGCCGCCGUCGGUACAACUGGUCCGUGAAGGCCAUCAAGCGUCGCCGCACCGGCACCGGCCGUUGCCGCUACCUGAAGGUGGUGAACCGCCGCAUUGCCAACCACUUCAAGACCCCCAAGGCAUAA